CCGCUGGGAUAUGUAGUCUAUCCGGGCGGGCCGGUUCAUUGGCGGCGUGCUCCCCGGCGCCGCCCGGGAACUACAGCCGGCGGCAGCGGCGGAGCGCGCGCCGGGAUGGCGGCCCCCUUGGUGCUGGUGGUGCUGGCGGCCGUGACGGUGCGCGCCGCGCUCUACCGCUCUAGCCUCGCCGCCUUCAUCGCCGAGCGGGUCGAGGUGGCGUCCCCGCUAAACGCCUGGAAGCGAGUGGUCGAAGGAUUAGCUCUGCUGGAUUUAGGGGUCUCGCCAUACUCUGGAGCUAUUUUUCAUGAGACCCCGCUGAUAAUCUAUCUCUUUCACUUCCUAAUUGAAUAUGCUGAACUGGUAUUCAUGAUAACUGAUGUGCUAACUGCUGUUGCCCUUUACUUGGCAAUCCAGGACUUCAACAAAGUUGUGUUCAAAAAGCAGAAGCUCCUAAUAGAACUGGAUAAAUAUGCACCAGAUGUGGCUGAGCUCAUCCAGACACCCAUGGAGAUGCACUACAUCCCCCUCAAGGUAGCACUAUUCUACCUGUUGAACCCCUACACUGUGAUGUCUUGUGUGGCAAAGUCCACCUGCGCCAUCAACAACUCUGUCAUUGCAUUCUUCAUUUUAGCUACAAUAAAAGGUAGUGCCUUCCUCAGUGCUGUGUUCCUGGCCUUAGCAACAUACCAGUCACUCUACCCUCUCACACUCUUUGCUCCAGCACUGCUUUACCUUCUACAGCGCCAGUUCAUACCUAUCAAACUGAAAAGCAAAAGUUUCUGGCUCUACACCAUGCAGUAUGCAUCCCUGUACCUGUGCAGCCUGGUGGUGAUCAUCUGCCUCUCCUUCUUCCUGCUCAACUCCUGGGAUUUUAUCCCAUCUGUUUAUGGGUUUAUCCUUUCUGUUCCAGACCUGACACCCAAUAUUGGCCUUUUCUGGUACUUCUUUGCAGAGAUGUUUGAACACUUCAGUCUUUUCUUUGUAUGUGUGUUUCAAAUCAAUGUGUUCUUCUACACCAUUCCCUUGGCAAUAAAGUUAAAGGAACACCCUGUGUUCUUCCUGUUUGUCCAGCUCGCCAUCAUUUCUAUCUUCAAGUCCUAUCCCACGGUGGGAGAUGUUGCACUGUACAUGGCCUUCCUUCCAGUCUGGAGCCACCUUUACAGAUUCCUCCGGAACAUCUUCAUCCUGUCAUGUGUGCUCAUUUUCUGCUCCUUCCUGUUCCCUGUUCUGUGGCAUCUAUGGAUUUAUGCAGGAAGUGCCAACUCCAAUUUUUAUUAUGCCAUCACGUUGACUUUCAACAUAGGGCAGAUCCUGCUCGUCUCGGAUUAUUUCUAUGCCUUCCUCCGGCGGGAGUACUACCUCACCCACGGGCUGCACCUGACCCGGCAGGACGGGACAGAGGCCAUGCUGGUUCUCAAAUAAGGACUGCAGCACCAUUUCCUGGGACAUGGGCCACUCCGAGGAACGUGCAAAGCUUGGACUACAUGGGGUGGGCGGGGAAGGUUCCCUGAAGGAGGUCUGAGUUUGGGAAUGAUACCUACUGGAAGAAAGGGCUGAGGUUCUGGGAAUAACCACUGAGCUGCAGGCUCAGCACAGACUCUCAGAGCUGCAGUGCCUCCCCCCUCAGCUGUGCUUUUCACUUCCACCUCAGCCAUCAGCUCUGGGCAGUCCAGCAAGGGCUGGAGGGUCUGAGCUAAACCCAGGGCUGCAGCUCAGACCAUGAACUGUUUUCCACCACUGCUUCUUGGAGAUGUUUGCUUCUCCGGGGAUCUUCCCCUUCCCUGCUUUGACCAGUACCGCUCUGCUUGGCACGAGGCAGGCUCUGGGUACCUGGUGCCCAAGCCUGGCUGCAGGUUCCAUUUCUCCGUGGUUCUGCUGUGAGGGAUCUGGAAGAAUCCCAUGUGCUUGGUCACAGUGGGUGCUGUGAAAGGGUUGGGUGACCAAGGACAAUGACCUUGGAUGGCGUCUGGAGCUGCUGCCACACCUGGUAACCUCAGCACUCAAACACGAGUAGGAACCAGAACUGGGAUGGGAUCAGGAGCAAGGAGGGUACCAGGUAACUGCUCUAUCCCAUUGGAGCAACAUAGCCAUGCCAGGAGCUGCGCAGAGGCAUUGCAGGUCUCAGAGGGAAUACUACUGAGGAGAUGGACUCCCACUGCUCCCAGUUUCUGUUGGGUGACAAAGCCUGGCAGUGCUGGGCUCACACUGUGCUGCUGUGAUCGCUUGGGGCAGCAGCUGGGACCAGGAGGUGUCACAAUCUCCCUGUAAGGCCCCAGACCAAAUCCAGGAGGAGUCUCAGCCACUGCUGUUCCGGAGUUGUUCCACAGCUGCUUAUCACUACUGGAUGUGCACUGGUCUGUGUCCCCCUGUGCCAGUCAGUGCUGGGCUCCAGGCUGUGCACGGGGCUCCCUUCAAUCAGUUCCCCUGGUCCCCCCCACUCCUCUCUGCACUCAGACCUGCUCACCCUGGAGCUGCUGCCGCCCCCUGAAUGUGACACUGUGGGGUGAAGCCACCAGCUCCGCGGGCUGUGGGUGGCACUGAGAUGCAGUGACCGGGGUGUGACAGCGCCUCGGGCAUCGCCGCUGCUGCCGGGGACAGCCGGGGGUUGGGAAUGUGGCACGGAGCCCGAAGGCACCGGGUGCGGAGCAGCUGAUGGAUGGUGUGCCCAGGCAGGUUGUUGAGAUCUUUAUUCCGGACAAUUCAAACUUUUGCCUUACUGCACUUCUGUCAGCGCUUUGGGGGCGGAGCCGCGCCCGGCCCGGGGCGGCCCCGGCGGGAGAGAAAUGAAUAAAACUGUGCGAGUUUUGGA